ACUUCCGUCAAGCUGUUUGAGGACCCCAGGAUGUCCAUGCUUGCUGAACCCAAGAGGAAACUGAAGUGGUCUAUUGACCCCAGGAACAGCGCCUGGUCCAAGGAUGAAUCCAAAUUCGGCCAGAAGAUGCUGGAGCGAAUGGGCUGGUCCAAGGGCAAGGGCCUGGGAAGAGCUCAGCAGGGCUCCACCGAUCAUAUCAAAGUGAAAGUUAAAAACAACCACCAAGGUUUUGGAACAACUGCCAGCUCUGAGGAUAAGUGGAUCGCCCACCAAGAUGAUUUCAAUGAGCUUCUAGCUCAACUGAACAACCACCAUGGUCAAAACAACAGCGCUGAACCUCUAACGUCAGAGGAGCCGAAAGGAUUCAGCUUGGAGGAGAAGUCCAAGACCGGCAAAAAGAGGGUCCAUUACAUGAAGUUCACUAAAGGAAAGGACCUGUCCUCCCGCAGUAAAACUGACCUAAACUGUAUCUUUGGAAAGAGAGGAGGGUCUUCCAAUGACCCAGAGAAGGAGAGCAACAGCAGCGAUUCUCAGGGUGAGACUGAGAAGAAUGUUACUCCUGCGGCGCUCAAACUGGAUACAGAGACCAUCACCAACACUGUGAAAAGUGCUCUCACUAUGCAGGAGUACUUUGCUCAGCGAAUGGCUCAGUUGAAGAAGUCUCGUGGACAGGCCGAGAGUGAAGAACCAUCGAUGGAGACAGACGAGACUUCAGGUCAAUCUGAGGAACCCAUCCUCAUCCCCACUGACGACUCAGAAGAACCCAAAAAGAAGAAGAAGAAGAAGAAGAAGAAGAGCAAAAAGUCAAACGAUGAUCUAGAAGUGGUAGAAGAGAACAGUACCCCCGUUCCCGUCGUAACGGUGGACGAUGAGGACCAGCAGCAGGAGAGUUCAGGGAAAAAGAAGAAGAGAAAAGUGGUAGAAAGUGAAGAAGCUACAAAUGAGAACUGUAGCUCAACCUCCGGUGUUGAGCAGAACUCCGAGGAACUGCCUCCAUCCAAGAAGAAGAAGAAGCAUAAAAAACAGCAUAGGGAAACUGAGCUUCAAAAUGGACAUGAGCCAACUGAGGAUCAAAGUGUAGACUCUGAGGCUGUUGGCAAAAAGAAGAAACACUUGGAGGAGGUGGACGAUGAAGACAAGGUGGAGGUGGUAGAGAAGAAAUCUAAAAAGGACAAGAAAAAGAAAAGGAAACAUCAAGAAUAGGAGGAAAUGAAGUUGGAGGUAGAUUUGAUUCAACAGUCCUUUAGGCUUCUGGGGGACCGAGUACUCAAGUUGCUGUAUCAUCGUGAACAUGAUCAUCAUAAACCAGUUACAGGCUGUAGCUUUGUAUUUAACCGACAGAUGCAAGACCUGUAACGAUGAAUUUAUCGAACACUCUGCAAGAAUCAAAUUACUAUUCCUUUAAUGUAUUUAAAAACUCCCUUUCUGUACAUCUGACUGACUCUGCUAAGUCUAUAAUGUAUUCAUACAGACAUAUUCUGACAUACUUUUUAAAUGAGUCAAAUUUGGAAAACAAUUAAAUGCAUGCCGGCAAUUGUUGUAAUGAAUACAAUCUGGAAUGUAUUAAUAUCCAGAUUAAUAAAUUCCAUAAAGACAACAAAAUAUUCAGGAAAAUAUGGUUAUUUUUAUGUUUUUUGAAAACUGUAUAUGCAAUUAUUUUCUUCAUUUUUUUUCAAAUUCCUUUGUCUCACCAUUAAUAAGCAUCUGCAUUAUCUAUUUAGCAUUCACAGUGAAUUACAUUUUCUUGCCGGCAAUUACUUUUAACCAUCUUAUGCCAUUUCUUCAGACAAUGGAUAUGUUCUUAAAUGAAAGCGACACAGAGACAGUCACAUUUGUACAUUUGAACAGAAGCACACCGACGUAAUUGUUUUCCUUCAUGUGAUUUGACAAAUAUGAUGUUGAUGUUGGUCUGACCCAUUCAUGAGCUGUAAGAAAAAAGACAAACGUUAGCCCUUCGACAGGAUCACAUCACUUUUUAAAUAAAUACAAAUAGCAAUGUA